AUGGGUCUCGUCAAGGUCAUUAAGAAUAAGGCCUACUUCAAGCGUUACCAAGUCAAACUCCGACGCCGUCGUGAGGGAAAGACCGACUACUACGCCCGUAAACGUCUUACCGUUCAAUCCAAGAACAAGUACAACACUCCAAAAUACCGUCUCAUCGUCAGAAUCACCAACAAGGAUGUUGUCGCUCAAGUGAGUUUUUAAAUAUCUCAAAAUUAACAAUUUUGAUCCUAAAAUCAUUUUUUUUUGGGUUAAAACGUGAAUUUCGAAAAUUUUCGAAAUUAUUUAUUUAUGCUAAAAUUUAUUUUUUUUCAGAUCGCCUACUCAAAGAUUGAAGGAGACGUUGUUGUCGCUUCAGCCUACUCUCACGAGCUUCCACGCUACGGAGUUAAGGUUGGACUUACCAACUACGCCGCCGCUUACGCUACCGGACUCCUCCUUGCUCGUCGUCACUUGAAGACCAUCGGACUUGACUCAAUCUAUGAGGGUCAUGUUGAGGUAGUUUAAUUUACUCCCGAGUUUCCUAAAUUUCAUAUUUCUUAAUAUUGAAAUUUAUAGCUCACCGGAGAAGACUACAAUGUCGAAGAAUCUGGAGACCGUGCUCCAUUCAAGGCUGUCCUUGAUGUCGGGCUUGCCCGUACCACCACCGGAUCAAAGGUCUUCGCCGUCAUGAAGGGAGUCGCUGACGGAGGAAUCAACGUUCCACACAGGUAAAUUUCUUAUUCAUCGCAUCUUGAAUUCAUUUUGCGAUUUUUUCUAGUGAGAACCGAUUCUACGGAUUCGACCAAGAAGAGAAGGAAUACAACGCCGAAGCUCACCGUGACAGAAUUCUCGGAAAGCACGUCGCUGAUUACAUGACCUACUUGAAGGAAGAAGAUGAGGAUAGAUACAAGAGACAAUUCUCGAAGUACCUUUCCAACGGUUUGAACGCUGACAACAUCGUCUCGGUGAGUCUAGAUAAUUAUCCUUGUCAGAAUAUCCAAUCUAAUUGAUUCAUUUUCAGACCUACGAAAAAGCUCACGCCGCCAUCCGAGCCAACCCAGCCGGCGCUGCCAAGAAAGACCGCAAGGCCGGAAAGCCAAAGAGACACGGAGCCAAGAAGAUCACAUACGAAGAGAGAAAACAACGCGUCGCCGACAAGAAAGCUCUUCUCCUCUCACUCAAAGAACAACAAGAGGAAUAA